UGUGUACGUAUCGUACGCGUGGAGCUCUGUGGUGUGUACAUGUACCUCUGUUCAAAGAUGGCAGCCUGCAUGGCAUACCGCAAUUUUUUCGCAGCAAAAAGUUUUGAUCAGCUUUCUUUCCUGAGGGGAAUUUUUUCUAAGUGUCACAUUUCUACAAGUAUCCCCUUUGCCGCACAGCUGCAGUAUAGAUGUAUUUACAACAGAAUUUUUUAUAGAGCUUCAAAUCAAAACACACCACAGAGGACUUUCUCACAGCAGCUGAGUUUCAGACAUGCAGCCAAUCUAUCCAAUUCCUGGUUAUGUAAAACUGACCAAUCACAAGGCUUCCACACCAGUUGGUCCUAUCUUGGCUUGGAGGAAUUCUUUGACGAUCCUAAAACAUACGGAGAGCCUAAUGUGAAAUCAGGUAGACCAUGGAGUGCUGAUGAACUGAGGUUAAAAGACAAUCUAACGCUGCACAAAUUGUGGUUUGUUUUGCUGAAGGAGAAGAACAUGCUUUUGACCAUGGAGAGAGAGGCAGAGAAACAGAAUAAGAGGAUGCCUGGCUCCGACCGGCUGUGGAAGGUCAGUGUGUCAAUGAGGAAGUUGCAGCAGGUGGUUCAUGAGAGGAACGAGGCCCUGACGGAGCUGAGGACUGGUCAACCCGAGGAGCAUCCAGGCAAGAUGGUGUAUACACCAUUUGGUUACCUGCGCUACAUCAAGCCAAAAGAGCAUUUCCUGCCCAUUUAUGCUAACAAACGGUAUCACAGGAAGCGAUAUCGCUACAGGCCAUUUGUCAAGAAGUACCUGACGCUGUGGAUGGAGAAGGAGCAAGUAAACAGGAAGAGAGAAAAGCGACGUCGUAACGACCAAAUCAAGAAACUGAAACAGAGGUUCCCAGAUGCUGACGUGUGGCAGAAUUGAUUACAGAAUAUCACGUGACUCAUCAGCCACGAAGCUGAGCCAAUCAUCCAUAGGCUGCAGCAAACUGGCUGGUGAAACAUUGUCCAGGACUUGAAUUUUGUCUGUGCUGUGCCUAGUUGUUGGGGUGCAUUGUGAGUCAAGUACAGGGUCAAGCUGUGUCCAAAUCAUGUGGCUAGGGCUACAUGUAGGUCUGCAAGUCUAUACCACAGCAAAUACUGUACAUGGACAAGUCCUUAUGACAACUGUAGCCAUGGAAGCCCAGGUUAGACACGGCUUAUCGUUUGCCUUGUGGCUUGAAAAAGUGGUGUGCUGAGUUUGCUCCUUAAAAGUCAAAGUCCAGGUUACCUUUUAUAUUUAAGCCUAGUUUGCAUAUGAUUGUAAGGAAUGCCAGUGACACCCAAGAUGUAGGAAGUCUUGGAAGAGAUGGUGUGUGAUGUCAUUCUUCCAAAAAAAAAAUAAAUUAAAUGACAUCAGAAACACAGAGUUUUCGAGUGAAAUGCAUUUUUUUAAAGUGGUGAUAGCCUCCUGAAGCCAAACUGAUAUUCCAGUUUAUUUUAACGGUUAGUUUUGUUGAUGAUUCGGUGUCAUUUUUUAGUACUUUGGAGAAAAGUGGCAAACUGCAUAGCACUAUUAAAGUAAGAAAGACAUCAUUGUAUGCCUGUCAUGCUA